AUGUCGAAAUCAAUUCUCCGACAGGCCAAGAUCACGCCUCACCUGUCGUCCAGCAGGGGGCACAACAAUAUCGGCUGGCUGGACACAUACCACACCUUCUCCUUUGCCGACUGGCACGACAACAGAUACACGCAGUUUGGAGCUCUACGGGUUUUGAACGAAGAUAGAGUAAAGCCGCUCUCUGGAUUCCCCACACACCCCCAUCGCGAUUUCGAAAUCUUCAGCUACAUCCUGUCCGGAGAACUGACCCAUCGGGACUCCAUGCUCGCCAAGGGCAGCGAGGGGGAACAAUCGGACAAGUUCUUUCGGAUGCGACGCGGAGAUGUACAGUUCACUACAGGAGGUUCGGGCAUAGCUCACUCUGAAUUCAACGAGCACAACAAAGAGACGGUCCACUUUCUACAGAUCUGGGCUUUCCCAUGGAAGAGAGGCCUGAUUCCCCGCUAUCACACCCGUACCUUUUCAGAAGACGACAAACGGGAGGGCUUUGUCAAGAUCCUCAGCCCGCUCAAGGCAGGCGAGGAGGCCACCGCGAAAGAGGAGGCAGAGGCAGAGCCCAUCAUCCCCAACACAAUCCCCAUUCACGCAGAUUUUGUCAUGGGCGCAGGAAUCAUUGCGCCAGAGGGCAAGUUUGAGUGGACAGUAGGAGGCGGUGCAGGCAUCAAGACGCAGCGCAAAGUAUACGUCCACUUACCGAUGCUGAAAGGAGGAAAGGCCAAAAUCAGACUCGACGGCCGGGAGAAUGCAGAGCUGUCUGAAGGAGACGGCGCAUUCAUUGACGGAGUUUUUAUUGGCGACAAGUUGACAGUGGAGAGCAUUGGAGAGGCGGAAGCCGAGGUGAUUGUGCUGGACACCGCUUGA